CCUUCUUUUCUUUUCCCCGUUUCCGCGAGGAGUCCAUCCAGAAUUUGUGUCAUACAAACGAGGGACUAACGGAGCUGUCAUCAAGAUGCGUACCAUUAAUUCCAACCAGUGCGUGAAGAUCCCUAAGGAUAUCAAGGCCUCGGUGAAGGCCCGUGUGGUGACCAUCACCGGCACCCGCGGCACCCUGAAGCGCAGCUUCAAGCACUUGGCUCUGGACAUGUACAUGCCCGACAAGCGCACCCUGAAGGUGGAGAAGUGGUUCGGAACCAAGAAGGAGUUGGCCGCCGUCCGCACCGUCUGCAGUCACAUCGAGAACAUGAUCAAGGGAGUCACGUUUGGAUUCCAGUACAAGAUGCGUGCUGUGUACGCCCAUUUCCCCAUCAACUGUGUCACCUCCGAGAACAACACGGUCAUUGAGAUCCGUAACUUCUUGGGUGAGAAGUACAUCCGUCGUGUGGAGAUGGCUCCUGGCGUCACCGUGGUCAACUCCACUGCCCAGAAGGACGAACUUAUCGUGGAGGGAAACGAUAUUGAGUCUGUCUCCGGAUCUGCCGCCCUCAUCCAGCAGUCCACGACCGUCAAGAACAAGGAUAUCCGUAAGUUCCUUGACGGUCUGUACGUGUCCGAGAAGACGACCGUUGUGAAGCUAGAGUCUUAGACUUUUGGAAUGUGUUUCAACCUAAAAUGUUAAUAAAAAAAAACCAACGGCCGAAACUUUCAAUAAGAAAUUUAGUGUCUUUAAACUUUUGUAAUAUAAUGUAUUCAGAUUUUAUCACAAUGCUCCACUAAAAAAGUGAUGAUUGGUUG